AAUUAGUUGAACCGAUGAUAACUCGUGUCGCUCCCGACGCCGCUCACUCCUCGUUCCCUUUGCGGCGUCCGCCGAGAUCCCAGCCGAGCGCGCCGCCCGAACCAUCCGAUUCCACGGGCUAAGGUCGGCAGUAACCCUUCGGCAACCUACCGCCCCAUGCGAGCACCGACCGUGGAGGUCUCGCCGCUUCAGCCAUAAGACCAGAGGAUUACCAGAGAGAGGAGAGCGAUCGAUCGGAAGAGGAGGAUAAAAGCAGCGAUGCCUCUGUACGACUGCCUGUUCCUGGUGAAGCCUCACGUGCGGAAGGAGUCGCUGAUGGACCUGGUGGCGCGCGUGGGGAUCCAGGCUUACGAACGCAACGGUGUCAUCACCGACGUCAAAUCCUUCGGCACCGUCCAGCUCGGUUACGGCAUCAAGAAGACCGAUGGCCGCUACUACCAGGGCCAACUCAUGCAGAUGACAAUGAUGGUCCCACCCUCAUUUAAUCAGGAACUUCAGUACCUAAACAAGGAAGAUCAUCUACUGCGAUGGCUUAUCGUGAAACACAGGAAUGCAGUAUAUGGACUGGAGUUUAUCAAUGAGGACGAGGGAAAAGAUGAGCUGAGCAUGUUCCGAAGUGGCAGCUUGUUCAACAAGGGAGAUAAUGAGGAUGACGAUGACGAUGAUGACGACGGUGAUGAAGAAUAUGAUGUGGAAUAGACAGCAUGUUUUGUUGCCCAACGGUUAAGCUUUUCGUCGUACUCCAUGAAAAUUUGAAGAAUUAUUUGAGUGGAGGUUGAAGAAUCAGAAAUAACAUGUCCAAGACUAGUCCAGUUAAUGCCAUUAACAAUUAAAUCUUUGUCAUAUAACUGCUGUUCUACUACUGUUCACUAGUAGUUUUAGCAUUUCAUGUCCUCUCUGA